GAUGGAAGCCCUUUGUCCCUGCGCUGCAGUGAGCUAUCUCCUCCACUAGAGGGCCACGUAACAUAGCGGCUGCAAGGAUGCGGCACUUUGUGACGUACAUUUCCUGAGACGGAAGUGAAGAAUUGUAGUCGUUAGCGGAGCCUGAAAUGACAAGUCAAACUCCACUGUGAAAAAAACAAAUCAGCUCCACACGUAAGGAAAAAGGCUGAUUUAAACAUAUACCUGAAGAAGUCUCCUCCAUAAUUAGCAAGAUGCAUGGCCGUGUGAAAGUUAAAACUACAGCCCAGCAGGAGGAGGAAAAAAGAAAAGAGCGAGAGAAGAAGCUGAAGAUAUAUGUGGCUGCACGGGACGCCUGUUUUUCAAAGAGGACAGAUGGCGUUUUGGAUGAGGAAGCUCUCCAGCUGACUCAGCAGCUCCUCUCGUCCAACCCUGACUUUGCCACGCUCUGGAACUAUAGAAGAGAAAUCCUGAUGCACCAAGAGACCAUCAAAGAUGAGGAUGAGGUGCAGAACAUUUAUGAGGCCGAGCUGUUGUUUCUGGAGUCUUGUCUGAAGGUGAACCCGAAGUCUUAUGGCAGCUGGCACCACCGAAGCUGGGUGUCGGCCCGUUUGCCCCGGCCGGACUGGAGCAGAGAGCUGAGCCUGUGCGAUCGCUGCUUGAGCCUUGACGACCGCAACUUCCACUGCUGGGAUUACCGCCGGAUGGUUGUGAGGAUGUCCGGCGUGCCGGUGGAUAAGGAGCUGGAGUUUACUGAUCGUCUUAUCGGCUCAAACUUUUCAAACUACUCCAGCUGGCAUUACCGCAGCACCUUACUGCCGCUGCUCCACCCUGAGUCUCCGGAACCCCCCUCGCCGUGCCGCCAGCCUCAGUCCUCUCCUCCACCCUCCCCUCAAACCCAGUCCCAUCGAGUGUGUGAGGAGCAGCUCCUCAAAGAAUAUGAGCUUGUGCAAAAUGCUUUCUUCACCGACCCCAACGACCAGAGUGCCUGGUUCUACUACCGCUGGUUAUUAGGAAGAGCGGAGCGGGAGGAAAUGAUAAGCUGCGUCUAUGUCAGUCGGGAGGAAGAGAGGGUGGCUGUUGCCUUCUCCAGGCCCGUCAACGCGCAGUCGGUCGGCCUGUUCUUGGUUCUUGAUGGGCAGCCUCAGAGAGUGGAGUGGAGAAGCGUCCAUCCCCGCUUUAAACAGAGCCCCGUCUGGAUCUGCGACCUCCCUCCUGGAACGAUAAACGACAUCUCCAAUGAGCACAACCUGACUGUGCACUGGACUGAAAAGCACACUCACAGGGAUUGUGCGCUCUACACAGGUCGAACUGAGAGCUGGUGUCGCGACACCGCCACCGAUCAGGAGCUCUUCAGGAGUGAACUCUCUGUGGAGAAGACCUCCGUGUUACAGUCAGAGCUUCAGUCGGUCAACCAGCUCCAAGAACUGGAGCCACUCAACAAAUGGUGCUUACUGACCAUUAUCCUCCUGAUGAGGGCACUAGACCCUCUAGGAUAUGAAAAAGAGACACUCGCUCAUUUCCAAACACUCAAAGAAGUGGAUUCCAUGCGCUCUGCCUAUUACAACGACCUGUGCAGCAAGUUCAUGAUAGAAAACACCAUCCUGAAAAUGGAGUACGCCGAAGUGCGAGUCUUCAGCAUUUCUGACAGGAACCUGACCACUUUAUGCCACCUGGACCAGCUGUUAUUGGUCACUCACAUCAAUCUGUCCUCCAAUCAGCUUCAGCGGCUGCCUCCUCAGUUUGCCAUGCUGCAAUGCCUGGAGGUCCUGGAGGCUGAUAACAACUGUAUAGAAAACCUGGAGGGAGUUUAUCACCUUCUCAGACUGGAGGAAGUCUCCUUGAGAAACAACAAAAUCUCCACUCCGGCAGAUCUAAAGCCGCUGGCCUCCUGCCGCAAGCUGAAACGCCUCGAUCUCCGUGGCAACCCUGUCACUCAGAGCCCAGACGUGGAGUCAGAGCUAUCAGAGCUGCUGCCCUCAGUCACGGACCUCCUGCUCUGACCAGACACGGGGCGGGAGCAGUGGCCGUCAGUGUCCCGUCAUUCACUUGUCCUCCUUGGCUGUUUUUGGUAGUGAAAUGAGCAAGUGGGUGUUUUUCUUUUUAAAGUGUCUUGUGUGUCUGUUUCACUUGUUUGGGAGAAUGUCAGUCAGAGGGAACCCUGAGGCUCCGAAAGCCUGAUACCCCCACCGCCCGUGUCAAAACCCCAUCUACCACUUCAAAUCACCACAGACUAUGUUUAUGUGUGUGUGUGUGAGGGAGCGUGUAAUAACCACAGUUUUCUGUUUCUUUUCUUUUUUUUUUGGUGCAUGCGUACAGGUGCCCAACGUGAAAAUGCAUGCA